AAAUGUCGUCAUCAGUUAUCCUCCUUUGCUGCCUACUAGGCGUCGCCAUAGCAACCCCUUACUAUGGCGGAGGAUGGAAUGGCGGCUGGAAUGACUGGGAUGACGAUGACUAUUACAGAGGUGGAUACAUCGGCUUCCGGGGCCCAUACGGGGGCAGGGGAAUAAUUGGUGGAUACGGCUACGGUAUGAAUGGCUAUGGUAGAGGAGCCAUAGGUGGCGCCUAUUAUAACCCAUACUCCGGUCGUGGAGGAAUCGGAGGUAUCCGUUACGGAUACGGCAGCGCUGGUUAUCCAUAUGGUGGUGGAUACGGUGGUAUCGGGGGCGGAUACGGUGGUAUUGGAGGCGGAUACGGAGGUAUCGGAGGCGGAUACGGUGGUAUCGGUGGAGGAUACGGAGGUAUCGGUGGCGGAUAUGGUGGUAUUGGAGGCGGAUACGGUGGUAUCGGAGGUGGAUAUGGCGGAUACGGAGGAAGAGGUUACCGUGGAGGUAUCGGUGGAUAUCCCAGUUAUCGAGGAGGAAUCGGAGGAUAUCCAAAUUACAGACCUAACUAUGGCUACAAAGGAAAGAAGAAUGUGUACUAA